UAGCAUGGAAGUGAUGCCCUUUGAUGAAGAGGGUGCAGGCUAUGACAGAGCCAAGGAAGUGAAGGAAUUUGAAGAGACCAAAGGUGGAGUGAAAGGACUAUUAGACUCUGGUAUUGUCAAGCUACCAAGGUUCCUUAUACAUCCACCAGAGUCUCUCCCAAGGUUAUCAUCUGGUGCUGGUGCUGCAGCCACUACUACAACUUCAUGCUACCAUGUUCCUGUGAUAGAUUUUUCAGGAUAUGAAAGGUGUCGCAGGUCAGAGAUAAUCAGUGAGAUUCGUGAAGCAUCAGAGACAUGGGGCUUCUUUCAAAUGGUAAAUCAUGGAGUUCCAGUUGUUGUUAUGGAUGACAUGCUAAAGGUCAUCAGAAAAUUCCAUGAGCAACCAAGGGAGGUGAAGAAGGAGUGGUAUUCCCGUGAUAAUAAGGUACCGGUGAGGUAUUUUUGCAACGGUGAUCUCCUUGUAGCAAAAGCAGCAAAUUGGAGAGACACCAUAAUCUUUGACUUCAAAGAUGGUCCUCUGAAUCCAGAGGCCUAUCCCAAAGUAUGCAGGGAAGCAGUGAGCCAAUACAUUGAACAUAUUCUAAAACUAAGGGAGAUAUUAUCACAACUACUGUCAGAGUCCUUGGGGCUCAAGAGUGACUAUCUCACAAGCAUAGAAUGCAUGAAAAGUGAAGCAAUGUUGUGCCACUAUUACCCAGCUUGUCCGGAACCAGACCUCACAUUUGGUGCCACACAGCACUCAGACCCAUCAUCCCUGACAAUUCUGCUGCAAGAUACCAUAGGAGGCCUCCAGGUUCUCCAUCAAAACAAGUGGGUUGACAUAAAUCCCAUGCAUGGAGCAUUGGUGGCAAACAUUGGUGACUUCAUGCAGCUAAUCACCAAUGACAAGUUCAAAAGCGUUGAGCAUCGAGUGCUAGCUGGACGAGUUGGGCCAAGGGCAUCAGUUGCUUGCCAUAUUUAUCCCAGUGCAAGCCAUAAAUAUAGACCAAUAGAUGAGUUAACAUCCAAUGAAAACCCACCUAAAUACAAGGAGACCCAUAUUAGUGAUUAUCUUGGUUACUAUAGGUCCAAAGGGCUUGAUGGCUCCAAAGCCCUACCUUACUUUAGGCUAUAACAUGUUGCUAAUGGUAUGUAUAAU